AUGAUAGAAGCUGGUGCAGAUCCUAACGCAUUAGAUAUAAAUAAUAAAACACCAACUUAUUAUUUAGAGUAUAGUGAAAGUAUUACAUUGCCAAAAAAUUAUAAAAUCGAUGGUUCAGAUAAAGAGGUGCCUAUAAAACCUUCCAAUAUAAGAAUAUGGAUACACGAAUGUAACAUAAAACAGCUUUCAAAUGUCAUUUGGUCUGGACUGGGAGAUAAGUUGUUGACUGAGACUAGCAAACAAAUAACGGUGAACAAGUUUUUGAAAGCGGUGCCCUAUAUAAUGGGUAUUAUCAAAGAAGUCCAUAAGGCUGUUAUUGACGAUAAUCUCGUGUUAUUGAAAAAACUAAAUCGUGAUCCUGUCCCUAUAGAAGUUUUAGCUAGUAAAGACAAGAAUGGAUUAACUCCAUUACAUAAGGCCGUAGGACUGGGUCGUCUUAGUAUUGUAGAAUACAUAAUAAACAAAAAUCCAAAAAUGGUGAACAUAAGAGAUAAUGAUGGUAGAACACCUCUACAUUAUGUUUUUAUUUCUCCAUCAAAACAUAUUUUACCCAUCUAUAAUAUGCUUGUUAAAGCAGGAGCAAAUGAAAAUUUAAUUGACAAGGUUUGUCAUCGGUGCUUACUAAAUUAUGAUAAAAACAUAUGUUUUGUUUUUGUAUUCAAGCAUGGUAGAACACCAAAAAGUAAUGGUGUGAAGAUAAAUGACUUCCCAAAUGAUUUAUUAACCGUUCUGCCAAAAGCACCAAGAAUUGCUUCUGAGUUUCCAGCUUCUUGGGACUGGAAUAUUUUYUAUGAAUCUGUCGAUAAAUCUGUCAGCAAAUUAAAAUCUAAAAAUAUGUCAACUCAGGAAUCUGAAAUACAAACUCAUUCAACUAAUAACAGUACAAUAAAAAAAAAUCCAGCAAUUACUGAUCAUACCGACAAAACUAAAAUCACAAAUGAUGUUGAAAAUAUUAAUAAUAUUGGUGACGUUGAUAAAAAUGAAAAUAAAGAGGAAAUUUACCCAAAAAAUAUAACUAAAAAUUAUAAUAAUUCUUCAGAUAUUAAAUCAGAACARUUAAAAAUUGAUGAUAAUAUUGGUAACAGUGAAAAUAGUAAUCUUAAGAAUAGAAAUAACAAUUUUACUUCUUUAUACUCUCAAGAGGAACUUCAAAUUAUUGACGAUAUUGAUAAUAAUGGAUACGAAACUAAUAAUGAUCCUGAUAAUAGAUAUGAAAAUUAUAUUUCAUUAUAUAAUAAAUCUGCAGAAGUUCAAGAUAUCGGUAGAACAAACAACAUUGUUCCAAAAUCUAAUAGUCUUACGUUGGGCGAGGUCAGACAAGCAUUAAAUAAUGGUCUAUUGGAAGACAUUUUACCUAUKGGUAGCCCAGUAUACAGAGUUAAUAGUAUAAAUUAUAUAAAUAAAGAUGAAGAUUCUGAUAAUAAUGAAUUGAAUUCUACAGAAAUGCAGGAACGUAUAAACUCAGCUCAAAUAAUAGUAAAACAAGGUAGCCUAGAGAAAAUAGCUGAUUAUAUUUUAGAUGGUAAAUAUGAAAAACUCGCAGGAAUAAGGUCAAACAUACCAGAAAUUCAAGAUUUUCUUGAUAAAGUACCAUUUUAUGCAAAUAAAAUUGACCAGAUUCAUCGUUAUUGUGCUGUAGGAAACUUGGAUGAAUUAAUUCAGCUUUUAGAUCGAAGGAAGUUCUGUGUAGCUCGUGAAUCUAGAAGUGGAUUAGGCUUAACUCCUUUACAUACAGCAGUUAUCUAUGAACAAUUUGAUGUGUUUGAAUACUUGUUGAAUAAGUUUCCAGAAACUUUAAAAUUGAUUGACUUGCAAGGAUGGACUGCAUUAGAUUAUAUAAAUUAUAUGCAAGAUAAGACAUUUAUUGACCAAUUGUUGGAUACAGAAAUUAAUUUAAAGGAAUUUCAAGCUGAUUACCAUGCGCCACCAACUUUUGGAAACAGUGAUGUCACAAUUGACCCGGAAAAGAUACGUAAAUCUUUAGGUUACGUAACUUACGUCACGGACACAGUCGACGAGGAAAAUAUUGAUACAGACAUGGACAGAUCUUCUAUUAGCUCUGGAAAAUUACUCUCAGUGGUUAUGAGUGCCAGUCAAUUUUCUGUCGAGGACAGAGAAUACUUAAUUAAAGCUAUCGGUAAACCACUAACUUCUGGUUUGAAGGAAAUUAUAAAACGCCGACCAUCAAAUCCCACUCUGUAUUUAGCUGAACAUUUAACCAACCAUUAUGAUGAUCCGCAAUUAGAUCAAGAAAGCGGUGUGUCGCAACCCAAAGAUCAGACACAAGAUAUAUUCGACGGAGAUCAAUCUCAGAUCAYUGAAAAUAUGUUCAGACCUUGGGAUGUAUUCAGUAACUAUCAGCCAGAAUUUAAAAAAAUUAGUCGUGAUGAAUUUGGAAUGAACAUGAUUCACUAUGCUGCGUCUAGAACACAUAACCGCAAUGCUUUCUUUCAAUUGUUGCAAGAACUUGAUGCGAAUAUUGCACUUCGAGAUGAAUAUUAUAGAACUCCAAGAGAUAUAGCUAUUAGUUCAAAUAUUAGAGAAAAUGUAAAAACUAUUGAUAAGUUCGUGGUUCAUAUUAUAGCAAGGGGUGAAUGUAACAGAAUAAUAAACCUAUUAUUGGAAGGGUACAACCAUAUUUUGGAUUUGAACACAGAUAAAGACAUUUUAAAUUUACCAUUAAGUAGAGGCCACUCUCACGUGUCAGCUAUCCUUCAAAGUAUACCGACUUUUGAAGAAAAACGAAAGCGAUUACAUCGAGACAUUGUUUUUGGAGCCAAGGGUCAGGUUCAAGAAAUGUUGCAUGAACGUGAUAACGAGUGUGUCAUGUUAGCUAUGGCAAAAAACGAACGAAGUCGGUGCAGUUUACACAUAGCUGUGUUAAGCCAGAAUGAAGAGAUCUUACGGUUAAUUGCGGAGAAUUUUCCUACUACAUUAUUUGUGCUCGAUAAUAUUGAAAGAACCGCACUGCAUUACGCUAUGUCUGUAGAUCAGGUGGAAACAAUUAGUUCAAUUUUAAUAGGAUGUGGGGCCAAUCGUAUAGCUAAAGAUCUGAAAGGCAGACAAUGUAGCUAUUAUUUCAUGAAUAAAUUAGACAUUCGAAAAAUGCUGGAAGAAGAGAAUAAUUAACUGAUGAGAAAAUAUAAAAUCUAUAUCGUAGAAAAAAUAAGUGCGAGUUUAUGAAGGUUAAGAAAAC